UAGCACAAGGACUUGCUUUCGACUACAGUACCCACACGGCACCGACAGUCCGACCAGCGCUACGCUGGUUAUCCGGGGAUAUCGUACUACUGCUGUUUCUCCUCAGUCUAUCUUGCUCUCUCUUUUCAGCGGAUUGACACAACAGAGUAGAAAAUAAGAAAAUAUUAACGCACAAAGCCAAAAAUGGCAGAGCUUGGAGCGGGGAGCCUGCUAUCGGGGGAUCCUGCUUUUAACUAUCAAGAGCAUGAACUAAACGAACGAUUGAAGCGGCUGUACCCGGCCGUGAAUGAGGAAGAGACCCCCUUACCCCGAUCUUGGAGCCCCAAGGAUAAAUACAGCUACAUCGGUCUCUCUCAGAACAAUCUGCGGGUGCAUUACAAAGGCCAUGGAAAGAACCAUAAGGAUGCUGCGUCUGUGCGUGCUACUCACCCCAUCCCCGCAGCUUGUGGCAUCUACUACUUCGAGGUGAAGAUUGUCAGCAAGGGCAGAGAUGGGUACAUGGGAAUUGGCCUGUCUGCCCAGGGGGUCAACAUGAACCGGCUGCCUGGAUGGGACAAGCAUUCAUAUGGUUACCAUGGCGACGACGGACACUCCUUCUGCUCCUCAGGGACUGGCCAACCAUAUGGCCCGACCUUCACGACGGGCGAUGUCAUUGGCUGCUGCGUUAACCUCAUCAACAACACCUGUUUCUACACCAAGAACGGCCACAGUUUAGGUGUGGCUUUCACAGACCUCCCGCCAAACCUGUAUCCCACAGUUGGCCUGCAGACUCCGGGCGAGAUUGUGGACGCAAACUUUGGCCAGCACCCUUUUGUUUUUGACAUUGAAGACUACAUGAGUGAGUGGAGGGCUAAGAUCCAUGGCAUGAUCGCGCGCUUUCCCAUCGGAGAGAGGCUGGGAGAGUGGCAAGCCGUGUUGCAAAACAUGGUGUCCAGCUAUCUGGUGCACCAUGGGUACUGUGCCACUGCCACAGCCUUCGCCAGAGCCACAGAGACGGUCAUUCAAGAGGACCCGACUUCCAUAAAAAACAGACAAAGAAUACAGAAGCUGGUUCUGGCGGGGCGUGUAGGAGAGGCUAUAGAAGCCACACAGCAGCUGUAUCCCGGCCUGCUAGAACACAACCCCAAUUUACUCUUCAUGUUAAAGUGUCGGCAGUUUGUGGAGAUGGUGAAUGGUACAGACAGUGAGGUACGUUGCUUUAGUGUGCGCUCGCCCAAAUCCCAGGACAGCUACCCCGGGUCCCCCUGCCCGAGCCCCCGACAUGGGGCCAUCAACCCCCACCUGCACAGCACAGGUGCAGACAGCCCCACAUGCAGUAAUGGGGUCACCCCUCCCAGCAAAAGCAAGAGCCACAACAAAUACCCGGGCGUCAGCUCAGCCUCUUCCUCCUCCUCGUCCUCCCCCUCCUCGGUCAACUACUCCGAGACAAACUCCACCGACUCCACCAAGUCCCAGCCUCACAGUGCCACAAGCAACCAGGAGACCAGUGAGAUGGAGAUCGAGGCAGAGCACUACAGUAACGGAGUGACUGAGAACUCAUCCGCCCGGAUCAUGAAUGGCACCUACAAACACCAGGAGAUCCUACAGGCUGAUGAGAACAGCCUGGGCAAUGGUGUGGCAGAUGAUAACUGCCCCUCCAGACAGCUGUGUGGGGGCAACCAGGCGGCCACAGAGAGGAUGAUCCAGUUUGGCCGCGAGUUGCAGGCCCUCAGUGAGCAGCUGUGCCGGGAGUAUGGCAAGAACGCCACCCACAAAAAGAUGCUGCAGGUAGGAGAGACGCGUGGGGAGUACGGCAAGAACAGCACCCACAGAAAGAUACUGCAGGAUGCCUUCAGUCUCCUGGCGUACUCAGACCCUUGGAACUGCCCGGUGGGUCAGCAGCUUGACCCCACACAAAGAGAGGCCAUAUGCUCCGCACUCAACAGCGCCAUCCUGGAGUCCCAGAACCUGCCCAAGCAGCCGCCUCUGAUGCUGGCACUGGGCCAGGCCACCGAGUGUGUGCAGCUCAUGGCCCGAGUCCGCUCCGGAUCCUGCUCCUUCGCCAGAGUGGACAGCUUUUUGCACUAGCACCCCGUCAAGGCAAUGUUCAGGACCGCUAAGAAGAGGACCUUUCCAGUUGGUUGCCAUGGGGACAGCACGCGUUUUGAAUUGGUGUGUGGCUUGCCGUUUGCCAGAGGCAGUUGGGCAGAGGAAUGUGCAGAGCAGGAGAAGAGAGGCUUCUUUUUAAUUUAGUAUUAUCAAAUACAAAAAAAUGUGUGACACUAUUUAAAGAUAAUUAAUUAUUAUUCUGUUUCUCUAGUCUUUUUUUUUUUAGUUUAUAUUUUGUCAGUUGGUUGUGCUCACUUUGGAAACCAAUCUAAUUCCGUUUUUCUUUCUUUUUUUAAAGGGGUGGAUUCCCCACAUAGUAUUUUUAAAUGUAUUCCAUAUCAAGGAUCUCCAUUAGCAACUCUGUUGUGACAACAAGUGACAUAGUCCGGUUUCUCUCACUCAGGACUCAGGUAUUCAGACUCAUUAUGGCAUUGGGGUAUUGCACAGAGGUAUAUCUAGCAGUAAAAAAAAACUCUGUCAAGUAGUCCAUGCUCAAGUGAUUUGAAUAAAAAGAAAAAAAUAUGUCCUCAGUAGCUUACUAUGGGCAUUCAGUGGGGUGGCCCAAAAUAGUUCCGGGUGCUGUUCAUCAACUGAUAUGUGUGAGUGAGAGUGCACAAGGCUAAGAUUAUGUCAUGCUCCCCCCUUCUUCUGAGGGAAGCGUCUUAGGCACCAGCUAUUACAGGCCACUGUCAGAGGGUGGCGCCACCAACCUAAGAGUAAAUCAGAUUUAUGUGAAGGAUAUUUUUAAUUGUGUUCAUUUCAGGGGGUGAUGACCUCAACAUUAUAGAGAGUUUACCUUUUGAUUUAUUAAAAUGAGAGGUCAUCGUUAUACGCUGAAGUGCAGAAAUAAGUUUAAAAUCCAUUAUUUCAGGCCAUAUGGAAAACCCCCUGUGGUGUUUGCGUGCUAAUAUUAAAGGAUUGAAAAAAGAUUACAUGGCUAAUAGUUGGCUCACUCAUUUGAUGCAAUGACUAUUAUAGUAGUGCACUGACCUGUUAUGAACAACUAAACCAUGAUGGCCCUACUUAUAUAUUCUUAGCAGAUGACCAGGCCAUGGCAGUACUGACUAAAGCUGCUAUGGAGGUACAACCCUGUGGCGGGAGUCACCAAAUUACCAAAUGUCUCUGGAGAUUGGAUAACGGUGCUCUUUGCAGAAUGCUCAUUCUGCAUUCCUAUCAGUUUCUGACUUUUUGUGGCUUAUUAAGGCCGGAAAAAAAUAUAUAUUGUUUGAAAUAUUAAGUAGGUACAUACUAGUGUUAGAUUGGUUUGAGUUACCUCCCUGGAUUUAACAACAUCCACACAAGUAAGGCUCUGUGCAAAUGCAAUUUCUCAACCAAUAAAUCAUGAGGUCAUAUCUUAUCUAUGCUGAUAUGCCUAGCAGAAUAUUCUUUAAAGGGUCAGGCAUUGACCUGGCCUGUAUCCUGUUUUGAUUCGGCCCUUAUCUGUAUCAGUCAGAAUUUCUCUAGUCUGCUGUCGUCCGGGCUCACACCCCUACCACCCCCUUUUGGCCUUCACAAGCUCUGUUGCUACCUUGGCAAUGUAAACACUGACUCGGUCACGAUGGGACACGUGGCUACAACCUCAUUCAUUUGUUUGAUUUCAUGGUGUAUGUAUGCAGCCACUGUUUAAAUCUGUUGCUUUUCAUUUACAUUCUUUUUCAUCUCUCUCUCUCUCUCCCUCUCUCUCUCUCUCUCUCUUACUUGUACCUUGUUCUUAUUAACUGACUGUCUUUUAGCACACAGAACAGAAAAGAGACUUUUAAUCGAUGUAUAAACCCAGUAUUUCGCCCACCCAGCAGGAGGUGCUCCACUGUGUUGAAUGUAGCUUAGCCGGUCAUUUCUGUUCUUAGUUGCUGUUAUUUUUUUUUAUUAUUUCAUCAAGUUUGCUGCUGGCCUCCUUGAGAUUGUUUGUUACACCCACAUAUGGACAUUGUCUCUUACACACACACUCACAUACACACCUGUUCUGACGUUGCAUUGAUGUUACACCUAUAUUUCAGUUAUACCUCACGUUUGUUGGCAACCAUGUAAUGCUUGUUUGUAUCACAUAGAUCAUAAGCUUAGGGGGGUUUUAAGAUGGGGAGGUGGGAGCGGGCCUCAUCCACAGUAGCAUAUGUUUGGUAUCAGUUCACCCCUCGUAGGAUAACGUGUCCUUCAAAUACAGAGUUCCCAAACUUCUCCAGAGAGAGAGAAGAAAAGAGAACAGCUAUGAACACUGCAUUUUAGACCAUUCCCCCAUUUCCACAUAACAGGUUUAAAUCAUUUAAUAAUAGGAGCUAAAAGCCAAAAAAGACAUGUUGGUAUGUCUUUGAAAGGUAUACUCUCAAGACUGCGAAUCCCUUUUCUCCUUUUGUGAUGAUAUCUGAAGUUCUGAGGCAUUUCUUUUCUUUUUCUUUAUUUUAUAUAAAACAAACCACCCAUACCAAUCCUCAGUAAUGUUCAGUUGAGAUGAUGUGUGAAUAAAGUUUAACUCCAGUAGAUGACUUGAUGAAAUCAUUCAGUGGCGUUAUCCUAUUGCAUGGAGUCUCAUGUGUACCUGCUAACAGCCAUACAUGUUUGAUACCGAAACAUGAGGGGAAAAAAAUCAAGAGGCUAACUAGGCAUCAGGUCGACAUCUCACUCAACUGUAAGUAGAGCGUCUUGCCUCGAGAUUGCUUUUUUCAUGGCAAAUGUAUUUUGGAACUCAUCUUAGUAACCACCCAAAAUGUAUAUUGCCAUCUUAAAAAAAAUAAUCUGUAUUAGAAAUUUAAUAUCAACUUCAAGUGCAAAUAGGGACCUUUUGUGAGGAAAAAAAGAGAAUCUUUUUAGACUUCUCUUUGAAAAAAUGUGUUCAUUUUUUCAAAUUCAUCCACUUGUCUUCUGUAUCCCUGUGUGCCUCAGAGGACUAGAAGCAGGACACAUGAAAUUAAACUGAAUACAACAAGCUGUGCACAGUUUACUCCUGUUAUAAUUUUACAUUUAUUUUGAGUUUUCAGUUUAGCAAUUGUGAAAUGAGUUACCCUCUACUUAGCAUGAACCUUUUUAAAACCUUUAAAACAUCAUAAAAAAAAAGAAAAGCAAUUUUAAAAACAUACCUAUGUACUGGAAACAUGAUAAAGAAAUAUUGUACUCGUUUAAUUUUGACAGAAUUAUUUUUAUUAAAAUACACAUCCAUGAGCAUA